AGCGGCGGGGCCGGGCCCGGUUCUCGGCGGUUCUGAGGCUGCUCCGCGGGCCCCGGGCUGGCUGUGGCUGUGCCGGCACCGGGGCUGCUCCUGGCCGGGUGGCGGUGCUGACACCGGGCUCUGGGGAGGGAGCGGAGGGACGGCUCUCCCCGCUGCCCCCGCCCCGGGGCGCCGGCGGCUGAGGGGAGCGCGUCCCGCCCGGCGAGCGGCUGCUCCCGCCUCUGCUCCUCCGGCGCGGGUCCGGCUUCCCUUUUCCUUCCCUUUUCCUUCCCUUUUCCUUCCCUUUUCCUUCCCUUUUCCUUCCCUUUUCCUUCCCUUUUCCUUCCCUUUUCCUUCCCUUUUCCUUCCCUUUUCCUUCCCUUUCCUUCCCUCACUCCGGCCGGACAAGCGGCUUUCCCCCCCGGGGCUUCGUGGAGUUUACCUGGGGAAAGCACGGCCAGAUCAGAGGUUAUUAAAAAUGGCACUUGGACACUGUGAAGCCAGUGAGGUUCUGAGAAUUACUGCUGAGCAGGAACAUGCCCUUGGUGGUGAUGGCACAUCAGGAUCCAGGAUGAUGGACCAAAGCUUGUCAGCUCUAAUCACAGAGUACGGAAAACAUGUGCAAGAAAUGAAAGAACAGCUGCAGCUUUAUCAGGCACAAAUGGGUGAGAUGAAGCUAAAAUUGGAAGACGUCACCAAGGAAAAUGAAAGGCUGCAUGCAGAGUUGAAAGAGUGUCUUGAGAAGCAACUGGAGGCUCUUCCUGCAGAUGAAGGCACAGUGAGAACCCUCCAAGAGGAACUACGGCUGGCAAAGCAAGAAAAAGACCAAGCAGUUGAGCGCUGGCAGACAUUGUCACAGGAGCACGACCGACUUCAGCAGCAGUACCAGGAACGCCUGACUGAAACACACGUUCUCAUAGCUGAAAGGAAAAAGCAGAAUGAUCAACGGACCAGCAUUCAGCAGCUGACUCGCCAACUGCACAUGACCAAUCAGCAGUUUCUGCAAACUGUGACAGAACAAGACGUGGAACUAGAGCAGCUACGAAAACAACUGAGGCAAGCCAAAAUAGAUGGGCAGGCAGCAAAUGCUAAGCUUGAAGAAAUGAUGGCAUUGAAAGAGAAACUUCAGAGCCAAUUGGAGAGAAAGGAAGAAGACAGGAUGUCUGCUCAGGAGAGAGAAACAGCAUCUGACAAACGCUUGCAGCAAAUGCAGUCUAAUAUAAAACAGUUAGAAAUAAGAUUGUGUGUGACUGUUCAAGACGCUGAACGGCUGAGAACAGAAAAAGUAGCCCUGGAGGAGCAGAUCAGAGAGCUUCAUACCAAGUGUGCCAGUCUAGAAAGUGAGACAUACGAUGCUGUUGCAAAAGUCCAAGAUUGCAUACAGCUCUUGGAAGAAGCUAACCUGCAAAAAAGUCAAGCACUCUUUGGGGAGAAACAAAAGGAAGAAGAGAUCAAAAAACUGCAGGAUGAAAUGUCUCAACUUGCAGAAAAUACUGCUGCAAGAAUUAGAAAGGAAGUAGACACUGCAAAGAAGCAAUGUAACAUGCAAGUUUCUCGGCUAACAGAAGAAGUUUCAGCUCUUCAGAUGGAAUGUGGAGAAAAACAAAGUCAAAUUGAACGAGCCAUUAGAGAAAAGAGAGCAGUAGAAGAAGAACUUGACAAGAUUUACAGGGAGCAUGAACCUGACAGUAGAAAGCUGGAGCAGCUGCAUCAGAAGUAUUUACUUGCAGAAGCUGCCAAGGAUGACCUUCAGCGGAGUCUACAGAUGACACAAAAGAAACUGAAACAACUGGAAAUGAACUCUGAGGAAGAGAAAUCUCGUUGGCAGGAAGUUAUCUGUAAAUUGCAAAGCACUCUGGAUUCAGAAAGAGAAAAGAGUUCCUUUGUCAGUGAACAAAGACUAAAACUUCAGCAGGAGAAUGAACUAUUGCAAAAUGAAAUGGAGGGUUUGAGAAAACUGGCAGUAGAGGCCCAAAAAAAAGCUAAAGUAAAGAUAAGCACAAUGGAGCAUGAGCUUGCAGUGAAAGAACAUGGAUAUGAAGCUCGACUCAGGGAGAUGGAGGACACCAGUCACAAGUCCACUACUGAGCUCAGACGUCUCUUGGUAGCUCAGCAAAAAGCAACAAACAGGUGGAAAGAAGAAACAAAAAACCUCACUGAAACUACAGAAGCCAGGAUCAAUAAGCUGAA